AUGGGGCCAACGUUGGCCACCAUCCCAUUUGGGCACACGAUCGAUCGAUCUAUGCGCAUUGACCAGGCACUCCAAAUGACCCAAGAAAACAUGCAGUCCACCAUUGAGUUCGAACAUGCGGGAUUGCACUCUAUUUCUCGUGUCAGCCCCGAGGCGUCCACUGCGUGUAUGUUCCAGACCCUGGUCGUAAUCCAGCCGCGUAAAGAUCCGCUGAAGUCGACGGUCUUUGACUCCGUCCAAGAGCGGACAGGGGCAGACGGAUUUAUUCCAGGGUACUCGAUGGUUCUCAUCUGUACUCCCGGUGAGAUAGAUCAAAGUUGGGAGUUGGAACUCCUGUUGGAUGAUGAAAUCGUUCCCCCGACCCAAGGGGAGCGCAUCAUUCGUCAGUUCAGUCAUAUCCUGUCCCAGUUGAAUGGACCGCAAUCCGCCAGACUAGAGGAACUGGAUUGUUUAGGCAUAGCCGAUCAGGUGCAGCUGUGCGAGUGGCAACUGCCCCCUCCUUCUCGCGUCGACUACACUAUCCAUGGGCUUGUCAAACUUCAAUGCCAGAUCCGCCCGCAAGAGCAGGGUGUUUGCUCCUGGGAUGGGUCGUUCACGUACGACGAAGUACAGCGAUUGUCUGAUAAAGGUGCAAUCGGCCUGCGGGAGAUGGGCAUUGGGGCAGGAGCCAUUGUUCCCAUUUGCUUGGAACGCACCAAGUGGGUGGUCAUUGCCAUGCUCUCUGUCAUGAAAACCGGGGCUGCCUUUGUCCUGCUAGAUCAAAAUUCGGCCUUUGAGCGAAACCAAAGCAUAUGCAAAACAGUUGCGGCGCGGUGGGUCCUAACGUCAGCUACAUGCAUGGGGUAUUGUGAGAGCUUUGCGCCUCAAAUCCUACUAUUCUCCGAGCAGAUGAUGCGGGAUGAAGGCAUCCAACAAUUCGCUCCGCAAGACGACCUUUCAGAUACUGUCUGUCACAAUGACCUUCUCUAUGUCGUGUUUACCUCCGGAUCGACCGGGAACCCCAAAGGCGUGGAGAUUGAACACGGAUCGUACUGCUCCGCUAUGAUUGCCCAGCGUGAGAAACUCUACAUCAGAGCAGGCACCCGUGUCUUGCAGCUAUCGUCGUAUGCAUUCGACUCCUUUGCAGUGGAGAUUCUCACGACGUUGUCUAGUGGGGGUUGCGUGUGCAUCCCUUCAUCUGAAGAGCUAUCUGGGGGCAUUGGCUCAGCCAUUCGACAAUACCGAGCUGAAUGGAUGUGCGCCACCCCAUCGAUGCUUCGGCUGAUUACGCCAACCGACGUUCCCAGCUUGAGAACCGUGGUCGCAGUAGGAGAGACGUUGCUACCAUCACAAGUCGCAGUAUGGGCGCCCGCGGUCACAUUAUUGUGUGGUUACGGACCGUCUGAAUGUUGCACUGGAGCAACCGUCCACACCAUACACGGUGUGUCCGUUGACCCUCGCAACAUUGGGACAGGGAUGGGCUGUACGCUGUGGGUGGUAGACCAGUACGACCACGAUCGGUUAAUGCCGAUCGGAGCGAUCGGAGAAUUGGUUCUCCAAGGACGCAUCGUUGGCCGCGGCUAUCUGAAUGAGCCGCAAAAGACCAGUGCUGUGUUCUUGGACAAAACCAGAUGGUCCACCGAGAUGAAUUCGUCCGGGGAGCGAUUAUACAAGACAGGAGACCUGGUGCGGAUCAAUCCCGAUGGCACCUGUCUCUUUCUUGGUCGUAAAGACCACCAAGUGAAAUUGCGCGGUCAGCGCGUGAACUUGAUGGAUGUUGAGCACCACCUGACGGAAGCCCUUGGAGCUCAAUUCACCACGAUUAUGGCGGACAUCAUCAAACCCAAGACAGAGGAAAUUGGAGACACCCAUCAUGUGCUGGUGGCAAUGGUUGAGACAUCGGACGAGGGAAUGUUUAGCACGUCCACCUCCCAGGCCGAGGCCAAUGACGGGCUCCUAUUCGUUCCCCCCAGUUCCCGGUUCGUGAAGAUGGUCAGCCAAGUUGAGCGGGAGCUCUCAGCCACGCUGCCGGCAGUCAUGAUCCCCUCAAUGUGGCUUCUCGCCCGCCGAAUGCCACUCACGGUUUCCGGCAAGGCUGAUCGACGACAGGUUCGAGUCGCAGCCGCGUCGCUGACGCCCGAGUCACUCCUGACUUUCGGCUGUUCUGGCGCUCAGGCAAGCGAUGUUCCGUUGGCAUCCACAGAGACCACUGCCUGGAUAGUGUCAGAAGUGGUAGCUGACGCUCUUCAUUCGCGGUUGAAACUAGACAGAAACCGCGUGGUGGGGAAAAACGUUACCCUGUCUCGCAUUGGUCUGGACUCAAUUGACAUGAUGGCUAUCUCCGUCGCCAUCUCCAGCCGCUUCGACGUUCGUCUGCCUAUGGCACCGCUCUUCCGAUCCGGCUUGACUGUUCGUGACGUGGCUCUUAUGGUGUCAAUGCCACCUACCACGCAAAGCCUGGAGCAAGAGCCGUCGCUGACAAUGGACCUUUGGUCUGAGUAUCACAUCCUGCGGGACAGAAUACGUGGUAUCUGCGCGCAUUCGCGCAAGCUGGCAAGUUCCAGUCUCGGUGGACGUUCCAAUGGGAACGAGCGUCGAGUUGGUCGCGUUCUGUUAACAGGCGGCACCGGCUUUCUUGGGGCCCACAUCUUGAAAGCGUUGCUAGAAGAUCCCCGUGUGCAGUCGGUCACGGUUCUCGUUCGCGCUGAAUCAGACAAGAUGGCGAUGAGGCGUGUCGUCCAAGCCGCCCAUGGUGCAGGCUGGUGGAGAGAGUCAUAUCGAAGCCGGGUGCGGACAUGGCGGGGGUGUCUGUCUCAGCCUUGUUUGGGGUUGUCCGAAACUCGGUGGAAGAUCCUCUGUGGCCUUGACCACUCGGGCGAUGGAUUCGAUACUGUGAUUCACAACGGCGCCUGGGUUCAUUGGGGUCAGGACUACCGCAAACUCCAGUCGGUCAACACAGAAAGCACAAUCAAUCUUUUGAGUGCCCUAUCGCAGCUGGCCCAUCCUGUGGCGUUCACUUACGUUUCAGCCCUCCUGCCCAGCUCCUCGGCCGUGGAUGACGAUCGCAGCCUGGCCAAGUUACUUUCUACCUCCGAUGGAUAUAGUCAAAGUAAAUUCAUGUCAGAACUGGUUAUCAAAGAGUUUCAACGAGACUCAGUCUGCAAACACAUCCACACGAACAUCAUUCGGCCAGGGUGGAUAAUCGGGUCCACAGAGAACGGGAUGGCGAAUAUAAGCGAUUAUGUUUGGCGUGUGGUGGGCUCUGCUGUGUCCUGUGGGCUUUAUAACAGUGAAGAGGACUCCAACUCAUGGAUUUUCAUCUCCCCCGUAAAUCUCGUUGCAGGCCUGAUCACCAGUCAAACUCUGGAUGGGCAACGAGACACAAUGGGUCCUAAUGAUAGCCCCCAGUCUCUUCAGAUCACAUCCAUCACAGAUGGCCUGGCCGCCCCGGACUUUUGGCGCGCGGUAUCAGCAGCAUGCCACCAAACUUUUGGUAAUCCUCUUCAGCCUUGUCAGGGAAUCAACUGGUUACAUCAGAUGAAAGGAAGCAUGAUGGCGACAGGGGGAGAGCAUCUGCUGUGGCCGGUGUUCGAAUUUUUGGAAUCAAAUAAUGGUCGUUUGGGGUCCUCCUAUGCCGAUCCUAUUGAGACCUCUGCCACGCUGCAAAGCCUCCUGUUCCGCUCGGUGAUCCAGAAUGUACAACAUAUCUGCUCUGCAGGAUCAAUUGAGAUUGAGAGUGGUCUGAUGCUGGUGUCAUCUAACCUAUUCGGCCGGAGACCCAACUAG